AUGUUCAGUGGUACACCGCGACAGGAUUCCUGUGAUGUCGAUGCAAUACUAGCAGAUCGUGAAAAAGCAAGUGGUGGUAUUGGAGGAGGAGCGACACGCGCGGUAGGAAGAACGAUUCCCGGACCUUCGACGAACAUGGAGCGAGUCCAGGGCGGUGGUGUGUCUGCAGGCCAAGCUGCUAUGAUGGCGCUACAGAACCUUUCCGAACGAGGAGAGAAGUUGAGCGCAACAGUGGACGCCACCGAGAAUCUUCGUAAUAAUGCGAUGAACUUCUCGCAGCGAACUGGAAAACUGGUGGAAAAAUUGGAAAAGAAGAAAUGGUACAACUUCUAG